AUGGUUCGCAAACUUCAGGUCGGCGUCUCAGGCCUCGGCCGCAUGGGAGCUCGCCAUGCCCUCCACUUCCUCGAGCGAACACCACGAGCGGACCUCGUUGCGGCCUUUGAUCCAGAUCCGAAAGCAGUAGCGUGGGCACAGCAGCGUCUCUCACCAUAUGGCACCAAAAUCUACACAGAUUUCGAAGAGUUCCUCAAGCACCCCGGCCUCGAGGCGGUCGUGGUAGCAGGAAUCACGACCCAGCAUGCAGCCCAGACAAUCCGAGCCAUUGAAGCCGAGAAACACGUGCUCUGCGAAAAGCCCCUCUCCACCAGCCUCGCCAUCUGCGAGGACGUCCUCCGAGUUGCCCGCACAAAGCCACACCUCAAAGUCCUCUGCGGCUUCUCCCGACGCUUCGACGCCAGCUAUCGUGACGCCGCCACACGUAUCCAAAACGGCGACAUUGGUCGACCCUCCAUUCUCCGCUCGCAGACCUGCGACAAGCACCGCAAUGACGACUACUUCGUCCAGUACGCCAAAUUCAGCGGCGGAAUCUUCGUCGAUGCCAACAUCCACGACAUCGAUCUCGCCUUGUGGUACUUCGGUCAAGACAGCGUUGUCAAGUCAGUCACAGCAGUAGGCAUCAAUGCCCGUCUCGCCGAUCUUAAGAAGUACGGUGAUGUGGACAACGGUAUCGCCGUCGUAGAAUUCUACGGAAACAAGAUCGCCUACUUCUAUUCUUCUCGCAUGAUGGCUGCGGGACAAACCGAUACCACGGAGAUUAUCGGUACUCAUGGAAAGAUUGUAGUGAAUGGAAACCCUCAGAAUAACCUUGUCGAACUGCAUGAAGGUAAUGGCAUUCGAAGAGAAGUUCCUCAGACUUAUUAUGAUCGUUUUGAACAUGCUUUUGUUACGGAGAGUAACGAGUUUACUGAGGCUGUCCUGGAUGAUAAGGCUUUGCCGUUUGGAUUGCACGGUGCUAUUCAGGCCGUGAGGAUUGGAGAUGCUAUGACCAAGAGCUUGAGGACGGGGAGGAAGAUUGAGUUUAAUGAAAUCGGGGAGGAGGAGGUGAAGGCGAGGUUGUAG